AUGCCUGGAAAGAGUAAAACCAAACGAGGUAAACAAGGAAAGAGAAAAGGGCCAAAAAAGUCAUUGUUUACUGAUGUGGAAAACCAAAGAUGCGACCCGAAUUCAAUUGCAUAUAGCAACUGGACAACUAGUGAAAUAACGGCGUUGGUGCAACACAUUUGUUUGUUUUGGGAGGGAGCACACUUAGACAAGUGGCCAACAAUGAAAUGCACAGAAUUCUGGAAUGAAUGCGCUUCGUCUGUGAAUAAAAUAUGCAAUACUUCUCGAACAGGUUGGUUUAAACUUGAAUACAUUGUUUUAAUGACUGAAUUCUUCCUUGGUUUUGUAUUAAAUGUGCCUUGUUUAGCUUACUGUUUAAUGAUAUUUGCUGUGUUGGUGUAAUGCACCCAGAUGAAUAAGAUGCUUGUGUGAUGUUACUCUUAGUGUAUAUCCACACCGGGAAGGCCUUGAAAAAUAUGCCUGGCCACGGUGGGAUUUGAACCUACGACCUUUGGAAUACUAGCAGAGUAACAUCACACAAGCAUCUUAUUCACCUGAGUACAUUACACCAACACAGCAAAUAUCAUGAUUAUUAGAUUACACUGAUAUCGAAGGAACUAGACUCGGUUCCGAAAUAUUGUAUACUCGAACUGACCUGACCGCGUAGCUCAGUUGACGUAGCAUUGGGCUAGUAUUCCAAAGGUCGUAGGUUUGAAUCCCACCGUGGCCAGAAAUAUUUUUCAAGCCUGCCCAGUGUGGAUAUAUACUCAGAGUAACAUCACACAAGCAUCUUAUUGUUUAAUGUUAUAUUUUUCUGCAAAUUUUGUCUAUAAAUAGUAGUUUUGCAUUAUAUAGCUUUUACUAUUUCCCUUUUUAGGCUCAUCAUGUCGAACAAUUGUCACAAAGCAUUUGAAUAAACAAUUUAAGACAUUAUCAGAAGCAGAGGAUUUCUAUGAUAUUGAUUAUAUUUCUGAACUGACAUAUUCCGAAGCAAAUAAUGGCACUUCAACUCCUUUAAAGCAAUUCAUUGAGGAAAUUUCACCAUGUUUAUCGCCAAUUUUUAGUUCUUCACCCAUGAAAGAAUCAAAGUUGUCUUUAGGAGAUACUAUAAAGAAGUUUGUAACAGCAUUUACCACUGUUAUGUCAGAACGUCUUCAAAAGCAGAUUUUGCAAUAUUUAUAUCAGCAUAUCAUUGUAAGUUCUAGUGGCAAUUGCCUUCUACUCAUUUGUCGAACAUGA